AUGUACCAGGAGGUGGCCUUCCUAGCAGGCAGCACGGAGAAAGAGUUCACACCCUUCCACUUCCCCCUGGAGAACCAGCAGGAGGUGGUUACUAAGAAGGGUGUGUUCUUCAAGCGGCAGCGGCUGCUGCGGAGGCCCAACGAGGGGCAGGAGGAGAACGACCUAUCAGCCGUCAUCAACGUAGGCGGGAUCAGGUACCAUAUCAACAGAAUCAAGAGUUGGCGUGUUCAGCUCGAUAACCAAUAGUCCAUAAUCAGAAGUCUUUGGGUGCAAGGUUUUAAAGGGAUAUAAACCGGGCACAGGUCUUGCUGCUGCUAAAGAGCAUUAUAACUUGAAGAGUAUUUCAGUGACUAUUGUGCGAAGUAGUUGUGCAGCGUUAACAUUGUGUGUUUUCCUCUCCCACCAGGUACCGUAUCCCCUGGUCCGUUCUGGAGGAGUUCCCUCUGACGCGGCUGGGCCGGCUGAGGGGCUGCAGCUCAUUGGACGAGAUCAUGGAGGUGUGUGACGACUACGACGACGGGUGCCAGGAGUAUUUCUUCGAUCGCAGCCCAUCUGCGUUCCGCACCAUCGUGACGUUCCUGGCGGCAGGGCGGCUGCGGCUGCUAAGGGAGAUGUGUGCUCUGUCCUUCCAGGAGGAGCUUGUCUACUGGGGCGUGGAGGACACCAGGCUGGAGUGGUGCUGCCUCCGGAAGCUACGCAUCAGACAGGAGGAGCUCAAGGAGCAGCUGAGGAUGGAGGAGGAGGAGGCAGAGCUCACCACCACCCUGACCCCCCAGAGCUGUGAGGAUGGGCAGGGGCCCCCCGGAGUGGGGGGGGGAGGAGGAGGAGAGCCGCAUGGCGGGGUGUAUGCGCAGGCUCCACGACAUGGUGGAGAACCCUCAAUCUGGACUACCUGGAAAGAUCUUUGCCUGCCUGUCGGUGGUGUUUGUGGCCAUCACCACAGUAACGCUCUGCAUCAGUACCAUGCCCGACCUCAGGGAGGAGGAGGAGAGGGUGAGUUCACUUCCUGUUUACUCCCUACUCACAGGGUUUUACUUCCGGGUCACACUCAGGGGUGGGUUAUACAUAUGGCCAGGAGUUUGACCUAACCGAGUUACAGACCUGGAAAAACUCUGGCCACAUCCAUAUCUGCAUUCUGCUGUUAGUCAGAUGAUAUUUGAGGGACAACCUCCACAUGGUGAGUCUUGCCCGUGAUAGUAACUUGUGCUCCAAACAUAAUGCUUUGCAUGAAGUUAAUUUCAUAGCCAAUUUUUUUGGUAGCUUUACUUUAGUGCCUUAUUGGAAACAGGAUGCAUGUUUUGGAAUAUUUUAAUUCUGUACAGGCUUCCUUCUUUUCACCCUGUAAUUUAGUUUAGUAUUGUGGAGUAACUAUAAUGUUGUUGAUCCAUCCUCAGUUUUCUCCUGUCACAGCCAUUAAACUCUAACUGUUUUAAAGUCACCAUUGGCCUCGUGGUGAAAUCCCUGAGUGGUGUCCUUCCUCUCUGGCAACUGAGUUAGGAAGGACACCUGUACAGUGGGGAGAACAAGUAUUUGAUACACUGCCGAUUUUGCAGGUUUUCCUACUUACAAAGCAUGUAGAGGUCUGUAAUUUUUAUCAUCGCUACACUUCAACUGUGAGAGACGGAAUCUAAAACAAAAAUCCAGAAAAUCACAUUGUAUGAUUUUUAAGUAAUGAAUUUGCAUUUUAUUGCAUGACAUAAGUAUUUGAUCACCUACCAACCAGUAAGAAUUCCGGCUCUCACAGACCUGUUAGUUUUUCUUUAAGAAGCCCUCAUGUUCUCCACUCAUUACCCGUAUUAACUGCACCUGUUUGAACUCGUUACCUGUAUAAAAGACACCUGUCCACACACUCAAUCAAACAGACUACAACCUCUCCACAAUGGCCAAGACCAGAGAGCUGUGUAAGGACAUCAGGGAUAAAAUUGUAGACCUGCACAAGGCUGGGAUGGGCUACAGGACAAUAGGCAAGCAGCUUGGUGAGAAGGCAACAACUGUUGGCGCAAUUAUUAGAAAAUGGUAGAAGUUCAAGAUGACGGUCAAUCACCCUCGGUCUGGGGCUCCAUGCAAGAUCUCACCUCGUGGGGCAUCAAUGAUCAUGAGGAAGGUGAGGGAUCAGCCCAGAACUACACGGCAGGACCUGGUCAAUGACCUGAAGAGAGCUGGGACCACAGUCUCAAAGAAAACCAUUAGUAACACACUACGCCAUCAUGGAUUAAAAUCCUGCAGCGCACGCAAGGUCCCCCUGCUCAAACCAGCGCAUGUCCAGGCCCGUCUGAAGUUUGCCAAUGACCAUCUGGAUGAUCAUGUGGUCUGAUGAGACAAAAAUAGAGCUUUUUGGUCUAAACUCCACUCGCCGUGUUUGGAGGAAGAAGAAGGAUGAGUACAACCCCAAGAACACCAUCCCAACCGUGAAGCAUGGAGGUGGAAACAUCAUUCUUUGGGGAUGCUUUUCUGCAAAGGGGACAGGACGACUGCACCGUAUUGAGGGGAGGAUGGAUGGGGCCAUGUAUCGCGAGAUCUUGGCCAACAAACUCCUUCCCUCAGUAAGAGCAUUGAAGAUGGGUCGUGGCUGGGUCUUCCAGCAUGACAACGACCCGAAACACACAGCCAGGGCAACUAAGGAGUGGCUCUGUAAGAAGCAUCUCAAGGUCCUGGAGUGGCCUAGCCAGUCUCCAGACCUGAACCCAAUAGAAAAUCUUUGGAGGGAGCUGAAAGUCCGUAUUGCCCAGCGACAGCCCCGAAACCUGAAGGAUCUGGAGAAGGUCUGUAUGGAGGAGUGGGCCAAAAUCCCUGCUGUAGUGUGUGCAAACCUGGUCAAGACCUACAGGAAACGUAUGAUCUCUGUAAUUGCAAACAAAGGUUUCUGUACCAAAUAUUAAGUUCUGCUUUUCUGAUGUAUCAAAUACUUAUGUCAUGCAAUAAAAUGCAAAUUAAUUCCUUAAAAAUCAUACAAUGUGAUUUUCUGGAUUUUUGUUUUAGAUUCCGUCUCUCACAGUUGAAGUGUACCUAUGAUAAAAAUUACAGACCUCUACAUGCUUUGUAAGUAGGAAAACCUGCAAAAUCGGCAGUGUAUCAAAUACUUGUUCUCCCCACUGUAUGUUUGUAGUGACUCUGUGUAUUGAUACACCAUCCAAAGUGUAAAUAAUAACUUCACCAUGCUCAAAGGGAUAUUCAAUGUCUGUUUUUUUUAUCUACCAAUCAGUGGCCUUCUUUGUGAGGCAUUGGAAAACCUCCCUAUCUUUGUGGUUGAAUCUGUGUUUGAAAUUCACUGGACAAGGUGACUUUCAUCAAUAUAUUCGGCUCUAUUUACUCAGACUCAAAAAUGCUAAUUUGCAUCAAAGUAGACAUCAUGCAAGACUACAAAUCCCUGAAAGCUUCUGCACAUCAUCUUUAGCUAACACCUUUACUAACAGGUAUUGUGUAAAAAAAACAAUUCCACUUUGACAUGGUGGUAUUGUGUGUGUGUGUGUGUGUGUAGGCCAGUGACAAGGGGUCAAGGGGUGUGAAUACUUUCUGAAGGCACAGUAGAUUAAUAAUCAGUACAUUGAGCCAUAGGUUGUCCUCUUGGGGUCCUCGGGGGUCCCAUAGGGGUUAGAACUUGGCCAGUGGCCACCUAAUGUUACUGCAUCAAUUCCACUGACAGCUCAAGAGAUAAGUAACCAUAUGAAGUAAUUAUAUCAUCUUCUUCUUCUGGGUGUUUCAUGUCUAGUAGUUGUGCCUCUGAGACCUCGGUGUUCCUGCUGGAGUGUCUUUGUGGGGCAACACAGUCAACCACCUCAAUGACAUCAAUAAAGCUUUAGAAUGAUUAAAGAGAACCUCCGCAGGCUUUUCCCGCUUCCAAAGAGACCUCCGCGUCGGGGUGAGAGGAGGGUAGAGAGGGGGUGAGGGGGCUGAAUGUAUGCUGUAUUGUCAAAGUGGAAAUCAAUCAGAGUACAAGGAGGGUUAGUGAGCUAGCUACAAGGAGGGUUAGCGAGCUACAGUAGCUACAAGAAGGGUUAGCGAGCUACAGUAGCUACAAGGAGGGUUAGCGAGCUACAGUAGCUAAAAGGAUGGUUAGCGAGCUAGCUACAUGGAGGGUUUGCUACAAUAUCUACAAAGAGGGUUAGCGAGCUAACUCCCCAAACCAAUACCUUCUCUUGGAGCGCUCAUCUCCUAUUAGCUGAGGUGAGGUUACUGGCUGAGCUUUAAAAUAGUAAAUACUGUAAGUAAUUGAGGGAGAGAAAGGUCAGGCAAGGAUAUACACAACUGCUGUAUUACAAUGAGAGAGAGAGAGAGACAUGACAAACUGCCAAGAAUACUGUACUUGUUGAUAGGGAGCAGUAUCUAUGGAAUGUUCUCUGUCUAUUCUCAUGUCCAUGUUUGGAGGUUAAGGAGGGUUGUCUAGACCCAUGUUGUAGGUGUGUAGGUUACGCUAUGGGCUGUAUUUUUGUAUGUGUUAAUGUUAAGCAGAGCAAUAUUGUGACUAAACACUUCAGUGAAAUCCAAAUCAACUACCUUCAUUAGCCAGAGUUAAUAACCUGAGCUGUUUGAACAUAGUCCAUCCACCAUCCUCCUCCGUUUGUUUAGCUAAUAUCCAUUAACAGGAGGCUUUGAUGGUAAUCGGCAUAGAUCUUCCCACUAUGGAUGUAAAUGAAACAAAUUAAAUUAAAUUCCCAGGACGCUUUCUUUAUUGAGGUGUAUAUUGAACAAAAAUAUAAACGCAACAUGUAAAGUGUUGGUCCCAUGUUUCAUGAGCUGAAAUAAAAGAUCCCAGAAAUAUUCCAUACGCACAAAAAGCUUAUUUCUCUCAUUUUGUGCACAAAUUUGUUUACAUCCCUGUUAGUGAGCAUUUCUCCUUUGCCAAGCUAAUCCAUCCACCUGACAGGUGUGGCAUAUCAAGAAGCUAAUUAAACAGCAUGCACAUUACACAAGUGCACCUUGUACUGGGGACAAUAAAAGGCCACUGUAAAAAGGCCACUGCAGUUUUGUCACACAACACAAUGGAACAGAUCUCUCAAGUAUUGAGGGAGUGUGUAAUUGGCAUGCUGCCUGCAGAAAUGUCCACCAGAGCUGUUGCCAGAGAAUUUAAUGUUAAUUUCUCUACCAUAAGCUGCCUCCAACGUCGUUUUAGAGAAUUUGGCAGUGCGUCCAACCAGCCUCACAACAGCAGACCACGUAUAAACACACCAGCCCAGGCCUCCCGGGUGGCGCAGUGGUCCAAGGCACUGCAUCGCAGUGCUUGAGGCAUCACUAAAGAUCCGGGUUUGAUCCCGGGCUGUGUCGCAGCCGGCCGCGACCGGGAGACCCAUGAGGCAGCGCACAAUUAGCCCAGCGUCGUCCGGGUUAGGUUAGCACUUUAGCGACUCCUGUGGCUGGCCGGGCGCAUGCACGCUGACACGGUUGCCAGUUGUAGGGUGUUUCCUCCGACACAUUGGUGCGGCAGGCUUCCGAUGGGACAAGACUGUAACUACCAAUUGGAUGUCACGAAAAAGGGGUAAAAAGUACCCCCAAAAAAGUCACAAUAAAAAAUAAACAUGCCAGCACAGGACUUCCACAUCCGGCUUCUUCACCUGCGGGAUCGUCUGAAACCAGCUACCCGGACAGCUGAUGAAACUGUGGGUUUGCUUAACCAAAUAAUUUCUGCACAAACUGUCAUAAACCGUCUCAGGGAAGCUCAUCUACGUGCUCGUCGUCCUCACCAGGGUCUUGACCUGACUGCAGUUGGGUGUUGUAACAGACUUCAGUGGGCAAAUUCUCACCUUCAAUGGCCACUGACACGCUGGAUAAGUGUGCUCUUCACGGAUGAAUCCCGGUUUCAACCGUACCGGGCAGAUGGCAGACCACGUGUAUGGCAUUAUGUGGGCGAGCGGUUUGCUGAUGUCAACGUUGUGAACAGAGUGUCCCACGGUGGCGGUGAGGUUAUGGUAUGGGCAGGCAUAAGCUACGGACAACAAACACAAUAUAAUUGUUGGCAAUUUGAAUGCACAGAGAUACCGUGAUGAGAUCCUGAGGCCCAUUGUCAUGCCUUUCAUCCGCCGCCAUCACCUCGUGUCAGCAUGAAAAUGUACGGCCCCAUGUCGCAAGGAUCUGUACACCAUUCCUGGAAGCUGAAAAUAUCCCAGUUCUUCCAUGGCCUGCAUACUCACCAGACAUGUCACCCAUUGCUCUGGAUCGACGUGUACGACAACGUGUUCCCUUUCCAGACAAUAUCCAGCAACUUUGCACAGCCAUUGAAGUGGAGUGGGACAACAUUCCACAGGCCACAAUCAACAGCCUGACCAACUCUAUGCGAAGGAGAUGUGUCGCGCUUCAUGUGGCAAAUGGUGGUCACACCAGAUACUGACUGGUUUUCUGAUCCACGCCCCUUUUAAGGUACAGUAUCUGUGACCAACAGAUGCAUAUUUGUAUUCCCAGUCAUAUGAAAUACAUAGAUUAGGGCCCAAUUUAUUUAUUUAAAUUGACUGAUUUCCUUAUAUGAACUGUAACUCAGUAAAAUCUUUGAAAUUGUUGCGUUUAUAUUUUUGCUCAGUGUAGAUUCAGAUGCAGUUUAUCAUGAUGUUAUGUUUCAGUUAUAGGCUAAACUCAUGAACGAACUAGACCAGCAGGAUAAUAAUCGAAUACAUUUGUAGUCUUACAGUAAGAGUUGGCGUCCUCAAACAUGUUAAAUGUUACAUUCUGUUUAGCUUGUUGUUCCUCCGUCCAGAGGACAGGCUUGUUGAUCUGCUCAGAGACAUUCUGACAACCCUUGUCUUCCAGACCCAGUUAGACUCUAACCUCCAUAUCCCUUUGCCUGUGUGCAGUUGUGAUCCAUUAAAACAGAAAGAAAGUUGUGGUUUUUGUAAAAGCAAGGUGUUGUUGAUGAUGGAAAGCACUUAGCUUGUCUGUUCUUAUACAGCUCAGUGAUUCAGGCCACAUAACAGCUGCACGUACACACACGCGCAGAGUUUUUUAUGGGUCUGCUUAUUGCCUCUAUCUGGAUGAAUAGAGAAGUGUGUGUGUGUCCCCUCAGAGUAGAGUGUCUCUAGUUUGUCCUCAGAGUAGUGUCCUCUGAGUUUGUGUGUCAAUUUCAGUCUUUUCACACCUCAAUGUCAAAAUGGCUUAUUUCUCCCCCUGUAAACAUAUGUGGAAAUGUAGGACUUGUUUAAUCCGUUUUAUUCUCUCUGAUAAAUACAGUGCAUUCGGAAAGUAUUCAGACCCCUUGACUUUUUUCCACAUUUUGUUACGUUACAGCCUUAUUCUAAAAUGGAUUAAAUAAAUACAAAUUCCUCAUCAAUCUACACAUAAUACCCCAUAAUGACAAAGCAAAAACUGCUUUUUAGAAAUUUAAGCAAAUUAUAAAAAAAAUAAAAAAAAUGAAAUACCUUAUUUACUUAAGUAUUCAGACCCUUUGCUAUGAGACUCUAAAUUGAGCUCAGGUGCAUCCUGUUUCCAUUGAUCAUCCUUGAGAUGUUUCUACAACUUGAUUUGAGGCCACCUGCGGUAACUUCAAUUGAUUGGACAUGAUUUGGAAAGGCACACACCUGUCAAAACCAAGCCAUGAGGUCGAAGGAAUUGUCUGUAGAGCUCUAAGACAGAAUUGUGUCAAGGUACAGAUCUGGGGAAGGGUACCAAAAUAUUUCUGCAGCAUUGAAAGUCCCCAAGAACACAGUGGCCUCCAUCAUUCUUAAAUGGAAGACGCUUGGAACCACCAAGACUCUUCCUAGAGCUGGCUGCCCGGCCAAACUGAGCAAUCGGGGGAGAAGGGCCUUGGUCAGGGAGGUGACCAAGAACCCGAUGGUCACUCUGACAGAGCUCUAGAGUUCCUCUGUGGAGAUGGGAGAACCUUCCAGAAGGACAACCAUCUCUGCAGCACUCCACCAAUCAGGCCUUUAUGGUAGAGUUGCCAGACAGAAGCCACUCCUCAGUAAAAGGCACGUGACAGCCUGCUUGGUGAAGCAUGGUUGUGGCAGCAUCAUGCUGUGGGGAUUUUUCAGCGGCAGGGACUGGGAGACUAGUCAGGAUUGAGGGAAAGAUGAACGGAGCAAAGUACAGAGAGAUCCUUGAUGAAUACCUGCUCCAGAGAGCUCAGGACCUCAGACUGGGGCAAAGGUUCAUCUUCCAACAGGACAAUGACCCCAAGCACACAGCCAAGACAACGCAGGAGUGGCUUCGGGAAAAGUCUCUGAAUGUCCUUGAGUGGCCCAGCCAGAGCCCGGACUUGAACCCGAUCAAACAUCUCUCGAGAGACCUGAAAAUAGCUGUGCAGCGACACUCUCCAUCCAACCUGACAGAGCUUCAGAGGAUCUGCAGAGAAGAAUGGGAGAAACUCCCCAAAUACAGGUGUGCCAAGCUUGUAGCGUCAUACCCAAGAAGACUCUAGGCUGUAAUGGCUUCAACAAAGUACUGAGGAAAGGGUCUGAGUACUUAUGUAAAUGUAUAUUUCCAUUUUUUAUUUGUAAUAGAUUUGCUAAAAUUUCUAAAAACCAGUUUUUGCUUUGUCAUUAUGGGGUAUUGUGUGUUGAAAAAAGUGUUUUUUCCCCACGUUAAUCUAUUUUAGAAUAAGGAUGCAAUGUAACAAAAUGUGGAAAAAGUCAAGGGGUCUGAAUACUUUCUGAAUGCACUGUAACUGGAGAGAUCUCUGACUGAUUAAUGGAGAGCUUUGCUUUCAGGUUACCAUCUUUAUGGGUGAAAGAGAAUGAGGGAAAUCACUUUUAAUCUUAAAUUGUUCGCAUGAGCCUUAAACCACAGACUCUGGUCAAACUCCUGUUUCUAAAAAUGAAUUCAAAGACACUGAGCCUAAUAAGGCAUUUUUGGUUUUUGUAUUUAAUUUUAAGCAAGUCACAGCCUAUAUGCCCAAUUUAUAGACUAAUGAUUUAAUACAACUACAUGUUGUUUAAAUGCUGAAAGCUUAAUGUCCCUACCAGCCUAGUGUGUCGCACUCGCAAAUGCUUCAAAAUGUAUUUCUUUGUAGACUAUAGCCUUGAAAUAAUUUAAAUAAUAUAGCCUAUAUAAUUCAUUUGUAGGCUACCUGUCUGGCUCUUGACCUAUUUAGAGUGUUUUUAUGCUGUUUAGUACAUUCAUGUAACCUAUUUGAAAUGAUGAGCGCUUCUGACCUUUUCAUUCAAACUUUUCAUUCAAAUCAUAUGAUUUGGUUUCAAUACUUCAAACCAAAUGGUAGGUCCAGGUAUUUAGAAAAAUAUAUGGAUGUUGGUUAAAUUGUGAUUUUAAUGAUUGGAGCGGCAGUUUCUUUUCCUGAGCGAGGAGCAUUUUUUACGGUUGGAAAGGACAUGGAGCGCUGCGCAAGCGCCGGAGCGGUGCGCAAGCAUCGCUCCAUGAGCGAUGAACGUGGAGUGUGAUUUCCGACUGCUCAACUCCGCUCACAUACUCUGCCAGGUGUGUCAGCCCACAGUCUACAUAUACUACCAGGUGUGUCAGCCCACAGUCUGAAACAGUGUAGAAUUUUAGCAACCAGGACAUGACAGAGCAAUUUCCACUAAAUAAUACAGCCACAAAUUCAGAACAGCUUUCCCAUUUUGACAACAGAUGUUGCCCCGGUGGGAGAAAUCAAUAGGCGAAUAUCACAGCCAAUCACAACACUGGCGGGUAAGUAAUACUGUGAAACACUAUCAUUACCGACAGAUAUACAGUACCAGUCAAAAGUUUGGACACACCUACUCAUUCCAGGUUUUUUCUUUCUUUUUUUUUUAAUUUUUUAAAAAUUGUUUACAUUGUAGAAUAACAGUGAAGACAUAAAAACUAUGAAAUAACACCUAUGGAAUCAUGUAGUAACCAAAAAAGAGAAUGCCAAGAGUGUGCAAAGCUGUCAUCAAAGCGAAGGGUGGCUAUUUGAAGAAUCUCAAAUAUAAAAUAUAUUUUGAUUUGUUUAACACUCUUUUGGUUACUACAUGAUUCCAUAUGUGUUAUUUCCUAGUUUUGAUAUCUUCACUAUUAUUCUACAAUGUAAAAAAAAUAGUAAAAAUAAAGAAAAACCCUUGAAUGAGUAGGUGUGUCCAAACUUUUGACUGGUAGUGUAUAUUAUGGACAUUUUCUGAAAUCACCUAUGUGUAGCACCUUUAACAUCAAAGCAUUAAACCACAGCAGCCUUCAGAACCACAAGGAGCAGGGCUCUUCUGUUCAUUCAGUGUGAGAUAGCUGGCCAAUGCCCUCUCACAUUGAUGAGAAGGAGAUAGUCAUUUUAUAAUAAAUAGGUUAUUUUUAUUAAAACUUGCAUGACAUACCAGCAGUAACCUUCACACACUGAACACCAUUCCGCAUUAAAAGAAACUGCAGUGCUUGAGGCAGGAGGCCACAGGUGUGUGCAAUUAUAUAACUAGCAAGGCUUGCAAGCAGUCAGCUGACAAUUAAAGGGACAUCCCACUGGGCAAAAACUGGUUGAAUCAACUUUCAAUGUAAUUUGUCAACGUAUUAUGAUGUGGAAUAUAAGGGGAAAAUACAUUGGAUUUGAAAAAAGUCUAAACUGUUGUUUUGAGGGUGAGAUUUCAACCACAUGAUUAUGUCAUCAUGGUAACCAAAUUUCAACAGAGAAACCUUGUAUAAAAAUAUGUUGAAUUUGUAGCUUUAAAACAACGUCAGGUCUUCAACAUUAUAUCCACUAUCAGGAAAAAUAACAAUAGGCUGGGCAGCACCACCUACUGGAGAAUUGAUCUAUCUACGGCUACCCUUUGGUCUCCCAUCCAGGGUUUUAACCAAGCCCAGCUAUAAUAUUGCCACUGACUAUUACCAACGUGCUAUCCUGAGAAUGAUUGUUGAGAGAUCUCCAUUUAAAAAUGAAAUAGAUUCACUGUUGCUAUCAAAGUCAUUCCAAAGGGUAGGUUUAACAGAGCAAAUUACAUGUGACCAUACUUUAUCACUCCUAUAUCAUCAAUGAUGCUAUUUAGGCCUAUAUAGUCAUCAACAGCUAUUGUUUUAAUUCAACCCAGAAUUCAACUAAAAAUAGACAAUAAAAUAGACCUAGGGUUUCAAGCUCUGGUUGAUUUCAAAUUGUAUGAUAUUUAGUCAUGUUGAAUUGUUUGGUUGUCAACGCAACCAAAUAUCAACAUUAGAAGGAGAUGCAUCUUCCGCUUGGAUAGUUCCAUCUGUGCCACUAAUUCCAGUUUGUCUAAAAAUUUAUAAUUGAUAUGUUGGAUUCACAUCACUAUCUCAACCAAAAAGAAAAGUAAAAAAAUAGGGCUAAAUCAAAUAUAACAUUAUUUAAAGUGCAUUUAAAGUUUGAUUUGAUUUAGUCCUAUUCUUUAACUUAAACUUUUGGUUGAGAUGGAAAUGUGAAUCACUUUUGAAAUACAAUAAAUAGCCUAUUAACUUGUCAAGUUAACAAAUGAUAUGUUGGAUUCACGUCUCCAACUCAACCCAACCAAAAAUAAAAGUUAAAGAAUGGGAUUAAGCCAGCGGCUCAGAUGGAACUAUCCAAGCAGUAGAUACAUCUCCUUUAAAUGUUGAUAUUUGGUUGCGUUGUCAACCAAACACAAUUCAGUAUUACUUUUGUAAUACGUAAAUAGCCUGAAGUUAAGGCUAUUGUCACGUUCGUCGGUAAGAGAGGAGGACCAAGGCGCAGCGUUGCAGGCAAACAUACUCUUUAUUUAGCGAUAUACGACAAAAUAAACAAAACGAUAACGUGACAGUUCACGGUCUAACACAAACCAACUCGAAACAAGAUCCCACAACUAAUGUGGGAAAACAGCCUCUAUAAGUAUGGCUCCCAAUCAGAGACAACCAGCCACAGCUGACACUCGUUGCCUCUGAUUGGGAACCACUCUGGCCAAUACAGAAAUACCAUACCUAGACUCCCGACAUAGAAAAACAACACAUAGAUCUACACACCCUGGCUCAACAUAACAGUGUCCCCAGAGCCAGGGCGUGACAGUACCCCCCCCUAAAGGCGCGGACUCCGACCGCGUCAACCAAAUACCACAGGGGAGGGACCGGGUGGGCACUCCGCCUAGGCGGCGGAUCCGGCUCCGGGCCUGUUCCCCGCUCCCUCUCCAACCCCCCAAAGUACCCCUGGUCCGGUCUGACCCCGCUGGCCGGAGCUGGACUGCACACUGGUGGAGCGGAUUGCUCUAGCUCCGGCGUGAAGCAUCUGACCGGUGCCGGACCAGGCACCGGUGGAACAGGCACGGGACGUGCCGGACUGACGACGCACACCACUGGCUUGGUGUGGGGAACAGGCACGGGCCGUGCCGGACUGACAACGCACACCACUGGCUUGGUGUGGGGAGCAGGAGCGGGCCGGACCGGGCUGGCGACGCGCCCCAUUGGCUUGGUGCGGGGAGCAGGAACGGACCGGACCGGGCUGGCGACGCGCACCAUAGACCUGGUGCGGAGAGCAGGAACAGGACAGGCCGGGCUGGCGACGCGCCCCAUUGGCUUGGUGCGGGGAGCAGGAAAGGGCCGGACCGGGCUGGCGACGCGCACCAUUGGCUUGGUGCGGGGAGCAGGAAAGGGCCGGACCGGGCUGGCGACGCGCACCAUUGACCUGGUGCGGAGAGCAGGAAAGGGCCGGGCCGGGCUGGCGACGCGCACCAUUGGCCUGGUGCGGGGAGCAGGAACAGGACGGGCCGGGCUGGCGACGUGCACCAUUGGCCUGAUGCGAGGAACAGGAACAGGCCGGACCGUACUGGGGACACACACCACUGGCCCUAUGCAGGGAUCAGGAACGGGCCGGACCGGACUGGUAACACACCCCAGUACCUCUCGCCGUGCCUCCACACUUUCCUUCCCCUUUAAUACCAGUGGCCCCCGUAACCUGGCAGCCUCCUCUGCCAACCCGCUGGACCGCUCUAUCGCGGCCUCCUGCUGCCCCGACGUCCACGUCGUGAGCCCCCCCCAAAAAAAAAUCUGGGGGUCUCUCCUCCCCGUGGGCCAGGCCUCUAUUGUUCUCGCCCAACUCUCGCUCUUCUGCUUCCAACUCCCGCCAUUCUGCUCUUCAUUUGGUUUGACCCAGUCGAGACUCUUCCUCCACUGUUCCCAAGUCCACCCUCUCUGCUCUUCAUUAGGCUUGACCCAGUCGAGGUUGCCACGGAGAUCUGCUAGCGACUCCCCUGGCGAUGGCUCCUGGACACGCUGCUUGGUCCAGUUUUGGUGGGAUCUUCUGUCACGUUCGUCGGUAAGAGAGGAGGACCAAGGCGCAGCGUUGCAGGCAAACAUACUCUUUAUUUAGCGAUAUACGACAAACUAAACAAAACGAUAACGUGACAGUUCACGGUCUAACUCGAAACAAGAUCCCACAACUAAUGUGGGAAAACAGCCUCUAUAAGUAUGGCUCCCAAUCAGAGACAACCAGCCACAGCUGACACUCGUUGCCUCUGAUUGGGAACCACUCUGGCCAAUACAGAAAUACCAUACCUAGACUCCCGACAUAGAAAAACAACACAUAGAUCUACACACCCUGGCUCAACAUAAGUGUCCCCAGAGCCAGGGCGUGACAGCUAUCUUACAAAUUAAUGUAACAUUCAACCUUAAAAUGAGUAACACAUCCAUGGCCACAUUAAGGUUACUGUAACUAUACAUUUCUUCUUAUGGAAUCAUAUAAAGUGUGCAUCAAAUCAAAUCAAAUCAAAUUGUAUUUGUCACAUGAACCGAAUACAACAGGUAUUACAGUGAAAUGCUUACUUACAAGCCCUUAACCAACAAUGCAGUUAAAAAAAAAAAGUGUUAAGUAAAAAAUAGAUAAGUAAAAAUAAAAAAAGAAGAAAAAUAACAAAUUAUUAAAGAGCAGCAGUAAAAUAACAGGAGCGAGGCUAUAUACAGGGGGUACCGGUACAGAGUCAAUGUGUGGGGGCACAGGUUAGUCGAGGUAAUUGAGGUAAUAUGUACAUCUGGGUAGUGGUAAAGUGACUAUGCAUAGAUAAUAAACAGAGAGCAGCAGCAGCGUAAGGGGGGGGGGUUGCAGGUGGUGGGGGGGGGGUUGCAGGUGGUGGGGGGGGGGCAGGCAGGGGGCAAGGCAACUAGUCCAGGUAGCCAUUUGAUUAGCUGUUCAGGAGUCUUAUUGCUUGGGGGUAAAAAGCCUUUUGGACCUAGACUUGGAGCUUCGGUACCGCUUGCCGUACGGUAGCAGAGAGAACAGUCUAUGACUAGGGUGGCUAGAGUCUAGGACUAGGGUGGCUAGGGCCUUCCUCUGACACCGCCUGGUAGCACUGGAUGGCAGGAAGCUUGGCCCCAGUGAUGUACUGGGCCGUACGCACUACCCUCUGUAGUGCCUUGCGGUCGGAGGCCGAGCAGUUGCCAUACCAGGCGGUGAAUCAACCAGUCAGGAUGCUCUCGAUGGUGCAGCUGUAUAACUUUUUGAGGAUCUGAGGACCCAUGCCAAAUCUUUUCAGUCUCCUGAGGGGGAAUAGGCUAUGUCGUGCCCCUCUUCACGACUGUCUUGGUGUGUUUGGACCAUGAUAGUUUGUUGGUGAUGUGGACACCAAGGAACUUGAAGCUCUCAAGCUGCUCCACUAUAGCCCUGUCGAUGAGAAUGGGGGUGUGCUUUGUUAUUUGUUACAAUUUGCUGAGGUAAACAAAUUGACUAAAGCCAUUAAAAGCUGUGUGUGUUAUAAUAACAGCCAGCUCAUCUUUACGCUAAGCCUGUUUGUAAAUCAUGCCCACUUACACACACCUUGGGGACCAAAGGUCACCCGCCUCCUCCUGUGGUGAUUGGCCGUGUUGUUUAGUUAACACGCAACAUGGCUGCUACACGCCUGUCUGGAGCUCUGAUAUGGAGUAGAGUGCUUGCUGAAUCUGAUUAGUGUGUGUUUUAAUGUAAUCCACUGUAGCCAUGUACAGUGCCUUCAGAAAGUAUUCAUACCACUUUACUUACAGUAUUCCACAUCUUGUUGUGUUGCAGCCUGAAUUUUUACACAUUUAUUGAAAAUGAAAUACAUAAAUAUCUAAUUUACAUAAGUAUUCACACCCCUGAGUCAAUACAUGUUAGAAUCACAUUUGGCCUUUCUGGGUAAGUCUCUAAGAGCUUUGCACACCUGGAUUUUACAAUAUUUGCACAUUCAGUUUAUUGAAAAUUCUUCAAGCUCUGUCAAGUUGGUUGUUGAUCAUUGCUAGUCUUACCACGGCCAUUUUUCACUCUUUCCGUAGAUUUUCAAGCAGAUAUAUAUAGUACCAGUCAAAACUGUAACUAGGCAACUCAGGAAUGUCGUCUUGGUAAGCAACUCCAGUGUAGAAUUGGCCUUGUGUUUAAGGUUAUUGUCCUGCUGAAAGGUGAAUUUGUCUCUGUUGGAAAUCACACUGAACCAGGUUUUCCUCUAGGAUUUAGCCUGUACUUAGCUCUAUCCUGUUUCUUUUUAUCCCUUGGCGAUGACAAGCAUACCCAUAACAUGAUGCAGCCACCACCAAACUUGAAAAUAUGAAGAGUGUUACUCAGUGAUGUGUUGUGUUGGAUUUGCCCCAAGCAUAACACUUUGUAUUCAGGACAUAAAGUUAAUUUCUUUGCCACAUUUUUGCAAUUUUACUUUAGUGCCUUAGGAUGCAUGUUUUGGAAUAUUUUUAUUAUGUACAGGCUUCUUUCUUUUCACUCUGUAAUUUAAGUUAGUAUUGUGGAGUAACUACAAUGUUGUUAAUCCAUCCUCAGUUUUCUCAUAUCACAGCCAUUAAACUCUGUAACUGAGCGGUUUCCUUCCUCUCCGGCAACUGUAUCUUUGGGUGUAUUGAUACGCCAUCCAAAGUGUAAUUAUUAACUUCACCAUGCUUAAACGAAUAUUCAAUAUCUGCUAUUUUUAUUUAUUUUGACCCAUCUACCAAUAGGUGCCCUUCUUUGCGAGGCAUUGGAAAACCUCCCUGGUCUUUGUGGUUGAAUCUGUGUUUGAAGUUCACUGCUCGACUGAGGGACCUUUACAGCUAAUUGUAUGUGUGGGGUACAGAGAUGAGGUAGUCAUUCAAAAAUCAUGUUAAACACUAUUAUUGCACAUAGUGAGUCCAUGCAACUUAUUUAGCCUUGCCAUAACAAAGGGGUUGAAUACUAAUUGACUCAGCCCAUCAAAGGACAUUACUACAACAACUGGCCAAAUUGUAAAUAUGUUUUACAUGCACACACGCUCGCAAGCACUUACACACACACACACAUAUACACACACACAAACAAACAAAAACACACACACACUUCCCUCUGGGCAAAAACUGGUUGAAUCAACAUUGAUUUUAUUGUUGAAAUAACGUGGAAACAAUGUGAUGACAUUUAAUCAAUGUGGAAAACUGAUUGGAUUUUCAAAAAAUCAAGGGAAUUUCCUCUUCUUUUUUAACUUUUAACCUAAAUCCAAUGACAUGGUGACAACUUUUGUUGAUUUCACGUUGAAUUCACGUUAGUUGAUAACUCAACCAAAUGUAUAUCAAAACUAGAUGAUGAAAUGACAUCUGGGCCCAGUGGGUUUAUUGUUGUGCUCUGUGAAUAAUCCAGCAUAGUGAAGCAGUUGCAUGUUGUUUGGAUUAGUAAACAUGGAAGAAAGGUUCCUCUGGUUUAUAUAAACUCAGCUUAAAAAGAAACAUCCCUUUUUCAGGACCCUGUCUUUCAAAGAUAAUUCGUAAAAAUCCAAAUAACUUCACAGAUCUUUAUUGUAAAGGGUUUAAACAUUGUUUCCCAUGCUUGUUCAAUUAACCAUAAACAAUUAAUGAACAUGCACCUGUGGAAUAGUCGUUAAGACUAACAGCUUACAGACGGUAGGCAAUUAAGGUCACAGAUAUGAAAACUUAGGACACUAAAGAGGCCUUUCUACUGACUCUGAAAAACAUCAAAAGAAAGAUGCCCAGGGUCCCUGCUCAUCUGCGUGAACGUGCCUUAGGCAUGCUGCAAGGAGGCAUGAGGACUGCAGAUGUGGCCAGGGCAAUAAAUUGCAACGUCCUUACUGUGAGACGCCUAAGACAGCACUACAGGGAGACAGGACGGACAGCUGAUCGUCCUCGCAGUGGCAGACCACGUGUAACAACACCUGCACAGGAUCGGUACAUCCGAACAUCACACCUGCGGGACAGGUACAGGAUGGCAACAACAACUGCCCGAGUUACACCAGGAACGCACAAUCCCUCCAUCAUUGCUCAGACUGUCCGCAAUAGGCUGAGAGAAGCUGGACUGAGGGCUUGUAGGCCUAUUGUAAGGCAGGUCCUCACCAGACAUCACCGACAACAACGUCGCCUAUGGGCACAAUCCCACCGUCGCUGGAACAGACAGGACUUGCAAAAAGUGCUCUUCACUGACGAGUCGCGGUUUUGUCUCACCAGGGGUGAUGGUCGGAUUCGCGUUUAUCGUCGAAGGAAUGAGCGUUACACCGAGGCCUGUACUCUGGAGUGGGAUCGAUUUGGAGGUGGAGGGUCCGUCAUGGUCUGGGGCGGUGUGUCACAGCAUCAUCAGACUGAGCUUGUUGUCAUUGCAGGCAAUCUCAACGCUGUGUGUUACAGGGAAGACAUCCUUCUCCCUCAUGUGGUACCCUUCCUGCAGGCUCAUCCUGACAUGACCCUCCAGCAUGACAAUGCCACCAGCCAUACUGCUCGUUCUGUGCGUGAUUUCCUGCAAGACAGGAAUGUCAGUGUUCUGCCAUGGCCAGCGAAGAGCCCAGAUCUCAAUCCCAUUGAGCACGUCUGGGACCUGUUGGAUCGGAGGGUGAGGGCUAGGGCCAUUCCCCCCAGAAAUGUCCGGGAACUUGCAGGUGCCUUGGUGGAAGAGUGGGGUAACAUCUCACAGCAAGAACGGGCAAAUCUGGUGCAGUCCAUGAGGAGAUGCACUGCAGUCCUUAAUGCAGCAGUGGCCACACCAGAUACUGACUGUUACUUUUGAUUUUGACCCCCUCUUUGUUCAGGGACACAUUAUUCAAUUUCUGUUAGUCACAUUUGUGGAACUUGUUCAGUUUAUGUCUCAGUUGUUGAAUCUUGUUAUGUUCGUACAAAUAUUUACACAUGUUAAGUUUGCUGAAAAUAAACGCAGUUGACAGUGAGAGGACGUUUAUUUUUGAAUGCUUAUUUCUGUGCUGCCUUUGCCCUUUAAGCCUUUCAGAUACAGCUUUGCUUUGAUUAAAUUAUAUUUACUAGAAUGAUGAGAAGCUAAAAGUCCCCCAGCUCUGUUCUUACACUUUCUCCUCACUACGCUACUUUUGUUUUUCUCCAAGGAUACACUGGAUUGGUUUUUAAGAUGCAUAUUCUCUUGGUUGUUGUUUUUAAGCACCUCUAGCAUCUUAUUCACAAGUGAUGAUUCUCUAACAGGUUAGAGCUCAACUGCUGGUCAAAAACACGUGUUCCCUAAUAACAUUUAAGGAGUAAUUGAGGAGACUAUGAUGGAACGGAAGGAUGCACUGACUAGAGGAAAGUUACCAAAAGUUGGCAAAAGCAAUUCAGACAUUAUUUUAUGCUCACUUGUUCCUAAACAUGUUGAUGAAGCCUGGCUAAGUUCCCCAGAGCGACAGUGCAAUGAAAGGAGAGACUGACAGCUUGGCUUCUUUCUUUCAUACAAAUAAAUCAUUAUAGAUGUUUGUACAGUAUAAAGCUUUACACAUAAACCCCCUCCUCCCCCUCUCCUCCCCCUUCCUCCUCAUUCUCUUUCUGGGUCUGUUUUCAUAAUCACAUGUAAAUACAGUUAUAUAAUAUUUAUGGACCCAUUUAGAGCAGACGGAAAAUGUAUUACACUACAGGAAGUAAGGAUAUUUCAGCAUGUCAGAAGUAAAUUAAAGUAUUUAUGAUAUUUAUAAUGUAGUCACAGUUGGCUUUAGCUUAGUUCCCGCUGAUCCCAGGAAGGAAAUUAAUUUACUUUAAUGAAGUUGUAUUAAUAACAGUCAGAUUGGAGAGAGAGAGGGAGGAAAGAGAAGGAAUCAAUGUUUUCUCCUCAGCUUCAAGUUGCUGUUGACAUUGUGGCUGCAUGAGUUCUAUGGAUCUGUCUCAUGUCACACUUGUAUGACUAUUUAUUGUGGAUGGACACCAGUAAUUGAUAUCUUGAGUACAAAGAUUCUGAAUGUAUGACCAGAUAUUGCUACCAGGGUGAUUUGUCUAAAGGAGUUGACAGUCUACAAACGGAGCCUAUAAUAAUAUAAUUACAUUGUACUGUAUAGCCCAUCUCAGCCUUGCCAAUUAAAGGAAGGGAAUAGUGUUUCCUCAGUCAGCGUUCAACAUCAAUGAAUAUCUGACAUCAUCAAAGCCUCUCCUCUCAGCUUUAUAAAUAAUGUAAAGUACUGCUGACAGAUUGCCUGUCUAUUUUAUAAUACACAGGAAGAAAAAAACACAUAUCCCUCUGGCUGUUUGAUCAAAGAAACUGGUCUCUUUUCCUUAUGAUCCCAAUCAACUAACAGGGAUGUUCAGAUGGUUUAUGUGCUGCUCCAAAACCCUCUCCAGCUCUCCCUCGAACACUGCUCUGGCACCCUUCCUCUCCUCCACAAAUCUCUACCCCCCCCCCCCCCCCCUCCCCUCCCCUCCCCCCCUGAAGCCCCCGCUGGUGUAGAGGAGUCUCUUGAACUGGUCCUUCGAGCUGGAUAGGAACAACUGACUUGUGUGAUUAGGAAACAGUUGUGAAGAAUGUUUUAUAAUAGUGAAUGUAUUGUCCUUUCCUACCAAUGUCUUGCAUUAUAAUUGUUGCUCGCCUUAACACUGUUAACCCUUCACUGUGUUCACUCUCUUCCACUGUGAGUUUUUCUUAACACUGUGUUUCCUCUGUCUUCCAGGGUGAGUGUUCUCAGAGGUGCUACAAUAUCUUUGUCCUGGAGACGGUGUGUGUGGCCUGGUUCUCUCUGGAGUUCCUGCUGCGCUUCAUCCAGACGCCUAGUAAGUGUGUCUUCCUGAAGACGCCCCUCAACAUUAUCGACGUGGUGGCCAUCCUGCCCUACUACAUCACCCUGAUCGUAGACUCUCUGUCUGAGGGAGGGGAGAAGCCCAGCGGCGGGAACAACUACCUGGAGAAGGUGGGCCUGGUGCUGCGGGUACUCCGGGCCCUGAGGAUCUUCUACGUGAUGCGUCUGGCGCGCCACUCCCUGGGGCUGCAGACCUUAGGCCUGACGGUCCGACGCUGCACCCGCGAGUUUGGCCUGCUCCUCCUCUUCCUGUGCGUUGCCAUGGCACUGUUCUCCCCGCUGGUGUUCCUGGCGGAGAGCGAGAUGGGCGCCAAGUACGACUUCACCAGCAUCCCCGGCACCUACUGGUGGGCGGUGAUCUCCAUGACAACGGUGGGGUACGGGGACAUGGUGCCUCGGAGCAUCCCGGGUCAGGUGGUGGCGCUCAGCAGCAUCCUCAGUGGGAUUCUCCUCAUGGCGUUCCCCGUGACCUCUAUCUUCCACACGUUCUCUCGAUCCUACCUGGAGCUGAAGGAGGAGCAGAACAGAAUGCUGAGACAGAAACCAGACUUCCAGGACUCCACCAAGUCUCAGAACAGCGAGGACUCGGCUGAGACGGACAGUUACCAUGGCAUCACUGAGGUUGCCGCCUCUGCUUUACGCAGGAAGUCCAUCGCCAUUGCGUCACAGAGGAGGGCCCUGCAGACUCAACACUGAGUGUGUGUGCAACGUGAGGCUGGCGGUGUGCAGUGCACUGUGGGAAACUCGUACUAAAGCUUGAGGACUCUAAACAGGGAUGGGACGUUUCUCACAAGCUUAAGAAAAAAAGGAGCUCCAACAUUUGUGAGCCUCCAUAGCUCUGUCCAUCAGAGUCUGUUCAAUAGAGUUUCUAAGAUUUUAUAAGACCGCUGCAGAAGUCUUUUUGCUGACAUUACUGGUGUAGAGCUGACCACAAUAUAAAAAGACAAGUUCUCUGUGGUCAAAGGACAUUUCACCCAGGAGUAUAGAAGCCCUACAACACAGGAGUAUAGCCCUACAACACAGCAUGGGGAGAAAGCUUCUCUCUCACAAAUAUUCAGUAUGAUAAAGCUAUUAUUUUAGGGGGAAAAAUACCUUUGAUUAAAAUAUUAU